UGAGCUAGUCUCCCCAGCCGCCUGUCUUUUGCAGGCUACUCAGCUUCCGGCGGCCCGCUUCAGCCUGCUGCCAGCCUGCAGUUUCCAGCAUGCCUGGUCCGACCCCCAGCGGCACUAACGUGGGCUCCUCUGGACGCUCUCCCAGCAAAGCAGUGGCCGCCCGGGCGGCGGGAUCCACCGUCCGGCAGAGGAAAAAUGCCAGCUGCGGAACACGGAGUGCCGGCCGCACCACCUCAGCCGGCACUGGGGGGAUGUGGCGCUUCUACACUGAAGACUCACCGGGGCUCAAAGUUGGCCCUGUUCCAGUAUUGGUUAUGAGUCUUCUGUUCAUCGCUUCUGUGUUUAUGUUGCACAUUUGGGGCAAGUACACUCGUUCAUAGAUUCGGCUACAUCCAUCUGUCUGUCAUCUGAAGGAGGAGGAAGCAACCCAACAGAUCUUGGACCAAAAGCAUAGUGGUUUUUUUGUUGUUCACCAGAAAGACGUUUUCUGUAAGCUUACUGUUUUACGGGGAACUUCAUGAGAAUUGACUUUUGAGGAAUUAAAACAUUUUUUCCUUUAGCUAAUAAACUUUUUAAUUGUUUUA